CAGGCGGCCGCCAUCUUCUCGCCGAGGCCGCCUCGCCCGCCGCGCGCACUAGUCCGGCAGCUCACGGGUUAAGGCUGGCACCGCGCCCGGCGGGAGGGGGGGCGCCCACCUCCCCUCCCCCCCGCGCCGGGCAUGCGGGGCCCACUGGGCACCGAGGAGGAGCUGCCGCGGCUGUUUGCGGACGAGAUGGAGAACGAGGACGAGAUGUCAGAAGAAGAAGAUGGUGGCCUUGAAGCCUUUGAUGACUUUUUCCCUGAGGAGCCCGUGAGCCUUCCCAAGAAGAAGAAAUCCAAGAAGCUCAAGGAGAACAGGUCCAAAGGGAAGCGGAAGAAGAAAGAGGGGAGCCACGAUGAGCUGUCGGAAAAUGAAGAGGACUUGGAAGAGAAGUCGGAGAGUGAGGGCAGCGACUACUCCCCCAACAAAAAGAAGAAGAAGAAACUCAAGGACAAGAAGGAGAAAAAAGCCAAGCGGAAAAAGAAGGGUGAUGACGAGGAUGAUAAUGACGAUGGAUGCCUGAAGGAGCCCAAGUCCUCAGGGCAGCUCAUGGCCGAGUGGGGCCUGGAUGACGUGGACUAUCUCUUCUCGGAGGCUGACUACCACACACUGACCAACUACAAGGCCUUCAGCCAGUUCCUCAGGCCACUCAUCGCCAAGAAGAACCCGAAGAUCCCCAUGUCCAAAAUGAUGACCGUUCUGGGCGCCAAGUGGCGGGAGUUCAGCGCCAACAACCCCUUCAAGGGCAGCUCGGCGGCGGCAGCCGCUGCGGCCGUGGCUGCGGCCGUGGAGACGGUCACCAUCGCCCCUCCACUGGCCGUCAGCCCCCAGCAGGCACCCCAGCCUGUGCCCAUUCGCAAGGCCAAGACCAAGGAGGGCAAGGGGCCUGGGGUGAGGAAGAAGAUCAAGGGCUCCAAGGAUGCCAAGAAAAAGGGCAAGGGGAAAAAGGUGGCCGGGCUCAAGUUCCGCUUCGGAGGGAUCAGCAACAAGAGGAAGAAAGGCUCCUCGAGCGAGGAAGAUGAACGGGAAGAGUCAGACUUCGACAGCGCCAGCAUCCACAGCGCCUCUGUGCGCUCCGAGUGUUCUGCAGCUCUGGGGAAGAAGAGCAAGAGGAGGCGCAAGAAGAAGAGGACUGAUGACGGUGAUGGCUAUGAGACUGACCACCAGGACUACUGUGAGGUGUGCCAGCAGGGAGGGGAAAUCAUCCUGUGUGACACCUGCCCGCGGGCCUACCACCUCGUCUGCCUGGACCCGGAGCUGGAGAAGGCUCCCGAGGGCAAGUGGAGCUGUCCCCACUGUGAGAAGGAGGGGAUUCAGUGGGAGCCGAAGGACGAUGAAGAGGAGGAGGAGGAGGGCGGCUGCGAGGAAGAGGAGGAUGACCACAUGGAGUUCUGCCGAGUGUGCAAGGACGGUGGCGAGUUGCUCUGCUGCGACGCCUGCCCCUCCUCCUACCACCUGCACUGCCUCAACCCGCCACUGCCCGAGAUCCCAAACGGUGAAUGGCUCUGCCCGCGCUGUACUUGUCCCCCACUGAAGGGCAAAGUCCAGCGGAUCCUGCACUGGCGGUGGACGGAGCCCCCGGCCCCCUUCCUGGUAGGGCUGUCAGGGCCCGAAGUGGAGCCCAGCCUCCCGCCACCCAAGCCCCUGGAGGGCCUCCCGGAGAGGGAGUUCUUUGUCAAGUGGGCUGGGCUCUCCUACUGGCACUGCUCCUGGGUGAAGGAGCUACAGCUGGAGCUGUACCACACGGUGAUGUAUCGCAACUACCAAAGAAAGAAUGACAUGGACGAGCCACCACCCUUCGACUAUGGCUCCGGUGACGAGGACAGCAAGAGCGAGAAGAGGAAGAGCAAGGACCCUCUCUAUGCCAAGAUGGAGGAGCGCUUCUACCGCUACGGCAUCAAGCCCGAGUGGAUGAUGAUCCACCGUAUCCUGAACCACAGCUUUGACAAGAAGGGGGACGUGCACUACCUGAUUAAGUGGAAAGACCUGCCGUAUGACCAGUGCACCUGGGAGGUUGACGACAUCGACAUUCCCUACUACGACAACCUGAAGCAAGCCUACUGGGGCCACAGGGAGCUGAUGCUGGGAGAGGACGCCAGGCUGCCCAAGAGGCUGGUCAAGAAGGGCAAGAAGCUCAAGGAUGAUAAACAGGAGAAGCCACCGGACACACCGAUUGUGGAUCCCACGGUCAAGUUUGACAAGCAGCCAUGGUACAUCGACUCCACGGGGGGCACGCUGCACCCAUACCAGCUGGAGGGCCUCAACUGGCUACGCUUCUCCUGGGCCCAGGGCACCGACACCAUCCUGGCUGACGAGAUGGGUCUGGGCAAGACGGUGCAGACCAUCGUCUUCCUCUACUCCCUGUACAAGGAGGGGCACUCCAAGGGGCCCUACCUGGUCAGUGCGCCCCUGUCCACCAUUAUCAACUGGGAACGUGAGUUUGAGAUGUGGGCGCCCGACUUCUAUGUGGUCACCUACACGGGGGACAAGGAGAGCCGCUCUGUGAUCCGGGAGAACGAGUUCUCUUUCGAGGACAACGCUAUUCGCAGCGGGAAGAAGGUAUUCCGCAUGAAGAAAGAAGUACAGAUCAAAUUCCACGUGUUGCUCACGUCCUACGAGCUCAUCACCAUUGACCAGGCCAUCCUGGGCUCCAUCGAGUGGGCCUGCCUCGUGGUGGACGAGGCCCACCGGCUCAAGAACAACCAGUCCAAGUUCUUCAGGGUCUUGAACAGCUACAAGAUCGAUUACAAGCUGCUGCUGACGGGGACGCCCCUGCAGAACAACCUGGAGGAGCUGUUCCAUCUCCUCAACUUCCUGACUCCAGAGCGCUUCAACAACCUGGAGGGUUUCCUGGAGGAGUUUGCUGACAUCUCCAAGGAAGAUCAGAUCAAGAAGCUGCAUGACCUACUGGGGCCGCACAUGCUGAGGCGGCUCAAGGCCGAUGUGUUCAAGAACAUGCCGGCCAAGACCGAGCUCAUCGUCCGCGUGGAGCUGAGUCAGAUGCAGAAGAAGUACUACAAGUUCAUCCUCACGCGGAACUUCGAGGCGCUGAACUCCAAGGGGGGCGGGAACCAGGUGUCGCUACUCAAUAUCAUGAUGGACCUGAAGAAGUGUUGCAACCAUCCCUACCUCUUCCCGGUAGCUGCCGUGGAGGCCCCUGUCUUGCCCAAUGGCUCCUAUGAUGGCAACUCCCUGGUCAAGUCUUCAGGGAAGCUAAUGCUGCUCCAGAAGAUGCUCAAAAAACUGCGGGAUGAAGGGCAUCGUGUGCUCAUCUUCUCCCAGAUGACCAAGAUGUUGGACCUCCUCGAGGACUUCCUGGAGUAUGAGGGUUACAAGUACGAGCGGAUUGAUGGUGGCAUCACAGGAGGCCUCCGGCAAGAGGCGAUCGACAGAUUCAACGCCCCUGGGGCCCAGCAGUUCUGCUUCCUCCUCUCAACCCGGGCGGGCGGCCUGGGCAUCAACUUGGCCACGGCAGACACAGUUAUCAUCUAUGACUCAGACUGGAAUCCGCACAAUGACAUCCAGGCCUUCAGCCGAGCCCACCGCAUCGGGCAGAACAAGAAGGUGAUGAUUUACCGCUUCGUGACGCGGGCCUCAGUGGAGGAGCGCAUCACGCAGGUGGCCAAGCGCAAGAUGAUGCUCACGCACCUGGUGGUGCGGCCUGGCCUCGGCUCCAAGUCGGGCUCCAUGACCAAGCAGGAGCUGGACGACAUCCUCAAGUUUGGCACAGAGGAGCUCUUCAAGGAUGACGUGGAGGGUAUGAUGUCUCAGGGCCAGAGGCCCAUCACGCCCAUCCCUGAUGUCCAGUCCUCCAAAGGGGGCGCGCUGGCUGCCAGCAUGAAGAAAAAGCAUGGCAGCACCCCGCCAGGUGACAACAAGGACGUGGAGGACAGCAGUGUGAUCCACUACGACGACGCGGCCAUCUCCAAGCUGCUGGACCGCAAUCAGGAUGCCACGGACGACACGGAGCUGCAGAACAUGAACGAGUACUUGAGCUCCUUCAAAGUGGCGCAGUACGUGGUGCGCGAGGAGGACGGCGUGGAGGAGGUGGAGCGGGAGAUCAUCAAGCAGGAGGAGAAUGUGGACCCCGACUAUUGGGAGAAGCUGCUCCGGCAUCACUACGAGCAGCAGCAGGAGGACCUGGCCCGCAACCUGGGCAAGGGCAAGCGCAUCCGCAAACAAGUCAACUACAACGACGCCUCCCAGGAGGACCAGGAGUGGCAGGACGAGCUCUCGGACAAUCAGUCUGAAUAUUCCAUUGGCUCUGAGGAUGAGGACGAGGACUUUGAGGAAAGGCCAGAAGGCCAGAGUGGUCGGCGACAAUCCAGGAGGCAGCUGAAGAGUGACAGGGACAAGCCCCUGCCACCUCUUCUUGCCCGCGUUGGUGGCAACAUCGAGGUGCUGGGCUUCAAUGCCCGACAGCGGAAAGCUUUUCUGAAUGCCAUCAUGCGCUGGGGCAUGCCCCCCCAGGACGCCUUCAACUCCCACUGGCUGGUGCGGGACCUUCGAGGAAAGAGCGAGAAGGAAUUUAGAGCCUAUGUGUCCCUCUUCAUGCGGCACCUGUGUGAGCCGGGGGCUGACGGCGCGGAGACCUUCGCGGACGGCGUGCCCCGGGAGGGCCUCUCGCGGCAGCACGUGCUCACUCGCAUCGGAGUCAUGUCACUAGUUAGGAAGAAGGUUCAGGAGUUUGAGCACGUCAAUGGGAAGUAUAGCACCCCGGACUUGAUUCCUGAGGGACCCGAGGGCAAGAAGCCGGGCGAGGCCAUCUCCUCGGAUCCCAACACGCCAGUGCCUGCCAGCCCUGCUCACCUCUUGCCCACCCCACUGGGCCUGCCAGACAAAAUGGAAACCCAGCUGGGCUACAUGGAUGAGAAGGAGCUGGGGGUGCAGAAGCCAAAGAAGCCCCCAGAAAUCCAGGUCCUGCCAACUGCCCUGGACAGAGUGGAAGAUGAGGAAAAACACGAGAGCUCAGAAGGCAAGGAGAGGGCCCGAGAGGAGCGACUGCAGGAGAUGGAGAAGGCCCAGCUGUCCCCAGAGCAGCUGCCAAAAGAAGAGAUGUUUCCAGAGAAGGAGAAAAUUCUGGACAAGCUGGAGCUAAGCUUGAUUCACAGCAGAGGGGAUGACAGCGAUUUCAGGCCAGAUGAUACCAAAGCUGAAGAGAAGGAGCCCAUUGAAACGCAGCAAAAUGGUGACAAAGAGGAAGAUGAAGAGGGGAAGAAGGAAGAUAAGAAUGGAAAGUUCAAAUUCAUGUUCAACAUCGCAGAUGGGGGUUUCACAGAGCUGCACACACUGUGGCAGAAUGAGGAACGUGCCGCUGUGACCUCCGGGAAAAUCUACGACAUCUGGCACCGGCGCCAUGACUACUGGCUGCUGGCAGGCAUUGUGACGCAUGGCUACGCUCGCUGGCAGGACAUCCAGAAUGACCCGAGGUACGUGAUCCUCAACGAGCCGUUCAAGUCUGAGACCCACAAGGGCAACUACCUGGAGAUGAAGAACAAGUUCCUGGCCCGCAGGUUCAAGCUGCUGGAGCAGGCGCUGGUCAUAGAGGAGCAGCUCCGGAGGGCCGCGUACCUCAACAUGACCCAGGACCCCAACCACCCAGCCAUGGCCCUCAAUGCUCGCCUAGCCGAGGUGGAGUGCCUCGCCGAGAGCCACCAGCACUUGUCCAAGGAGUCCCUCGCUGGGAACAAGCCGGCCAACGCUGUCCUGCACAAAGUCUUGAACCAGCUGGAGGAGCUGCUGAGUGACAUGAAGGCGGACGUGACGCGCCUGCCCUCCAUGCUGUCCCGCAUUCCCCCGGUGGCCGCCCGCCUCCAGAUGUCGGAGCGCAGCAUCCUCAGCCGACUGACCAACAGAGCCGGUGACCCCACCAUCCAGCAGGGCUCUUUCGGCUCCUCCCAGAUGUACAACAACAACUUUGGGCCCAACUUCCGGGGCCCUGGACCGGGAGGGAUUGUCAACUACAACCAGAUGCCCCUGGGGCCCUAUGUGACCGAUAUCUAGCCGUCCCCGCGACUCCCCUCUGUUGCAGCGCUCAUUUCCAGCGGAGCCACGCCUGCCGGGUCACUUGCCUGACCCCCACAAGAGAGAAAAGCCUUUUUAGGAGUUGUUGCCACCUUGAGAUGGAAAGGGAAUGCCAUCACCUGGGGCCCGGGACCCGGAAGUGCCACCUCAUCAUAACCCAAGUGUUCCACACAGCGUCACACCCACACCACGGGAUGCGCCCCUGGGCCACCUUUGCCAGAACGACUUCUUAGAGGAGAUUUCAUUUAUUUGUCCAUCUUUUGCACUUUCCUAUUGAAGACUUGAACAAGUUCGUCUUGAUAAAGUUGAGCGAUAUGCGGAGGAGACUCACCUGCAGUGCCACCUCCCUGUCUGUGCACGGGCUCCAACAGGAGGGAAGCUCCUGGAAGCCCUGCUGCUGCUCCUGCACUCGGCCAGCAGGGAGGAUGCAGCGUCUGCCCCGUAGCCCUCGCUGUGUCCCCAGCACCCAGUCCCGUGUGCACUGCCUGACUGCCCUCUGCUCUGCCCCCUGUAUGCAUGGGGCCCCCCAGGGCCAGGCGGGUUGGGGCAGACAGCUGCCUGGCACAAUGGUGGAGACCUGGCUGAUGCCCGGGUCAGAGCAGAGUGUUUAUUCCACCCCCUUCCUGCCAGGGCUGGAGUCAUCAGGUAUGUGCGGUCUCCUUGGGGAGGGGGCUCUGUUGGCACCAGCAUAGGGCCUAUGGCAGGCCCAGGUGUGCUCCUGGAGUGGGGCACGAGCCCUGUGUGUGUGGGUGGCACAGGGGCUGUGAGGCCUUCACCUCGGCCUCCGCCAGGUGGGGUUAUGAACAGGUGGUAGUUAGCAUCUCAGCAGAGAGGUCACAGCAGCACUGAAGAUGGCCCAGAAGCCCCUGGCCCUGCCCUGUGCCCUGGGAUGUCCGUCACACCCACCUCCAGAUACACCCUGCCCCGCGUGGUCUCAUGGGCUGCAGACAUGGAGGAAGCAGGCCACCCCCUGGAGCCUGGACUUCUCCUUGCCCUCCUGUCAGUGGCGAGGCCUGUUGAGGCACUUGCCACCCAGGGCAAGGCCAUAGCUACCCUCGCUGUGCCUUGUGGGGAGCUCUGCUUGGAGGCAGGGGACUGGACCUGAUGGCCUCUCCAUACCUCCCUGCCACAGCACCGCAGGCAUCCUGUCGGCUGUUUGGCUGGGAACAUGGUCUUGGCGCCCCUCCACCCAGCUGGUGGUGCCUUGUAAUGGCCCCAGGUGUGGGGGUGGGGAGAGAGGGCCAGGCCUGGGCCCAUGUCCAAUGCUCCCUCUGGCUCCAGCUCAGCCUGGAAGGGAUUUCCGAGCCUUGGGCUCCCUGGGGGGCGGGGUGUGUGCCCUGGGUAAGAAUCCUGUUUGAGUGACAGGCAAGCUGGGUCUGGGGUUGGAGGUGCCAAGAGGGGCCUGGGCUCAGCUCCCCGGGCCAGGAUUGGAGCCAGGAUUUGGUGGUUCGUCUUGGGACAGUUGGGCGAUUGGCCGGCCCUCAUAGAGCCCUGGAUCUCCUCAUCUGUAAAUGGUUCUUUCUGAACCCUGGAGGGCUGGACCCCCAAGGCCCCUUCCAUCUUGGCAGCCCCACACUCUAUCUUGAUCAAAAUCUCCAAGGCCAACCGAGCCCCGCAAUUGUGUGUGGGUAGAACAGGGAGUGUCUUGGCAGUGGCGUGCAAGUUUCCAGGACAUGCAUGCAGCGGCGGCUGACCCGCCUUCCGGGAAGGGUGGGAUCAUUCCAGUCCAGUGGUUCACGUGCAUGUGUGUCCUUGUCAGUGCCUCCCUGCAAAGGCUCCUGGCUCAGACCACAGGCGAGGUGACUGCCACGAGCCCCCCUGCGCCCAGGGCCCUGAGAAGCUGCCCUCCCAGACGGCUGUCAGCCCUGUGUUUGGCCUUGUUGGGAACAGUGCCAGCCUUCCCUGGCCACAGUGGAUGGUCUCAAGUGUCAGGCUGGGAGGCAUGCAGCAGGACAGGGGUCUGAUUCUCCACUGCGCCAACCCAGAGGCCCAUUGUCCCUCCCCUUUCAGCCCGUCCUCCCCGGGGAGCCUUCCUUUGUCCCCAAUGCCCGUCCCAGGCCUUGCCAGGCUCCCCUUUGCCCUUUUCACCAUAGCAGACGGCCUGGCCCCCAGCACUGCUGGUCCCAGGAUGGGUUCUGCUCUCCAUGACCAGCACCCCGGACGCCCAGAAGGGUGUGCUGUGGACACAGUGAGGAGCCGGUUUCUGGUUGACUGGUUUGGGAGAGGCAAAAGAAUCUUCAGAAUGUUUUCUCCUUAGUUAUCAGUUAUCUGCCACCAAAGCGGUGGGUGCGGGUGUCCACCACCAUCUUGGGCAUCUUCAGGCUAGGUUUGGUUUUCGCUGCUGGCAGAAUGAGGGUUGUCGUGUGCAAGCAGAAUCCCAAAGUGCCAGCCUGCAGUUUUGUUUGCAGCCACCUUAUUAUUUAGACCAGUGCCAAGUAGGCUUUCUGUUGAACCACCUUUGGGCCCCGGUCUCUGAAAGCAUCACCUGCUGGGCUCCCAGGUGAUGAGGGGAGUUUGGGUUGGAUGGACCGUAUCCAGAGGGCAUGUGGGAUGCUCAACAGACACGCACACAAGGAAGCACAUCCCAAGAUUCUGUGUGAAGAGACCCGCCCUGCAAGCCACCUUCAGAAGCUCCUUUGUUCUCUACAAAUUAUGACCAAGGUCCUGCUGAUACCACAGCUGGUGCAGGCACCACCCUCCUGCUUGUUGGGGCCCCUUCCAGGGCAGGAUCCUCUGGGGGUCCCCUGCCCAGGUUGGGGGCUUGCCCCAGGGACACCUGUUGCUCUGGUUUGUAGGUGUCGGGUCCCAGGGCUCUUGUGUAGAGAGAGGGUGGGCUCAGGGACCUGGGAGUAGGCAGCCCGGAGCAUGGUGGCAGGGGAAGGGCCUCGGGCGGGACGCAGGAGCUGAGGUCUUGGCGUGGCCAUGGUCUAGGGCCCCCCUACGGCCUGUACCCUCCUCCGCCUGUGCCCUCCGUCGAGGGACUGGAUUCCAGCCCCAUUUUCUAUUUCCGGAAGUUUACAGGUUGUGGUAUAUCAGCCCAAAGUCAUUGGUGUUGUGUUUUGGAUUUUUUCCUUUGUUUUCAGAUUUUUUUUUAAGCAAAGUAUUUUUUUAGGUGUGAUAACCCAGAAAGGGCCCAUUGGGUGUGUGCGUGUGUCCUGAACCCCUGACAUCGAGAUAGGAGCCUGAGCCCUGAGCCUGGAGAUGAGGGAAGGGUCCCAUUUCCCAUGCAUCAGAGUGGGGCUAUUGGGGUGCAGACCUGCCCCCAGAUGGCAUCUGGCCCAGCUGUGGGGCCAGGUCACUUGCCUUGGGACAGCCCCAGGUCAGCCAAGAUCUUGGCGGGGAACACUUCCAGCCAGUGGGAGGGUCUCAGCAGGGAGGGUUCCCGCUGGGGGUGGGGCUGGAGCUUUGGAAGCUGAGCCCCUGUAAGUGGUGACCUGUCGGGCCCUCGGGAAGACCUGUGGGACAUAAGACAGAGACUGUCGCUGACACCAUCCCCUUCACUUUGUACUCUGUGUGUAUGUCUUGGUUUUCUGUGUUUUAAUAAAUCCUUUGGGAAAGGA